GUGCAAAGUCAAACAUCUUACUUAGCAACUUUUGUUAAUUACUCCUCUAUAUUUAAUAUGUUGGCUAUAAAAUUAAAAGAAAAAGAAAAAUAAAACACACACACACACACGAGAAGAGGGUCUUCUUUAAAUAAUUGCGUAGUAGUAGGCAGACGAAUGUAUGUCUUUUAGACAAAAACAAAGCAAACUUCUCUUCUCUUCUCUUCUCUGCUCUUAUUCUAAAGGUUUCAACUUCUCGCACACAUCUAUCUUAUCUAUCUAUUUUAGGCAUCUGACUCAAAGCACCAUGAGCAGCCAGCACCACCAGCAACCGAGCUAUGUUACGGACCCAAACACCAUGUUCGUUCAAGCAGACCCCUCCAAUUUCCGCAACAUCGUCCAGAAACUCACGGGAGCACCACCGGACCCCUCCUCCUCCGGUGCACAGCAGAAGCUUCCCUUAACUCCGAAAAAGCCAGCGUUCAAGCUGCACGAACGACGCCAAUCAUCCAAGAAAAUGGAGCUGAAGGUCAGCAACAUCGCAAACCCAAACGACCCUUUCAGCCAUUUCCACAGAGGGUUCCUCGUCUCUCCGGUCUCUCACCUGGACCCGUUCUGGGCGCGCGUGAGCCCGCAUUCAGCGCGUGAGGAACAUCACGCGCCACCGGACAAGGAAGAGCAGAAAGCCAUAGCGGAUAAAGGGUUCUACUUCCUCCCGAGCCCGAGAAGCGGCGCGGAGCCAGCACCGGAGCUUUUGCCGCUGUUUCCUCUACGUUCUCCGAACGGCACUAAUCACCGGACCGCAGAUAAUAAUUAUCGCGACUCUUAACCUUUUUUAGAGCAAGAGCUUCUCUCUCUAAUCAUCAUAAUUUCAGUGUUUUAGGCUUAUUUAAUCUUUUAAGUUGGUGACGACACGUGAUCUUUGCUGUUGCUUUUUACUAUUUUUGUUAGGGCUAAUCUCCGUUUCCAUUUUUCUUUUAACCUAGGCUUCAUUUUUAUUUUAUUUUU